AUGGCUCUCACCCUUACCGACAAUACCGCCUCCGCAGUUCCCGAUUCUGACGAUAUUUCCAUUGCGCCGAAGAUCAAUUACGAUAUCUCCUCGCCCCCCAACGCGUCCAACGCGUUUAACGCGCUCGGCUGUGCCGGGCGCACCAAGAAGAGCCUCGAGGAGCAGAUUCGCGAUGCGAAAGCCAUCACCGACCUCCCCCUCAAUCCUAAGCUAUACCCAAAGAUUCAGGGUCCCGACAAACGGUUUUACCAACUCCGCGCGCACUUCAAGCUGAAGGACGGACCUUCCUGGGUCAACGCGCACGGCACACUGCUUCUACGGCUCACGGAAGGUGACUCGACCUCCACGGACGGCAAAUUCUGGGCUUGCCACAAGUGCUACAACAUCUUUGACGCGGCGGCAACAACUUCGCCAGCCAAACACCUCCGACAAAAGCACGGUAUUACGAAAGACGGCGAGCUUCUACCUGCAAACACUGCGGGCAAGAGAUCGUCGCUGGCGAUUGAUGAGCUCUUGCAAGCUCGAACCACCAAGAAGAGGAAGCUCCCCCCUCCCGCAAAGACCAGAGACCUCUUCCAAGAGCUCCUAAUCAAGUGGGUUUCCGAUUCGGAUAUCCCAUUUUCCGUGGUUGAACACCAGCACUUCCGGAGCCUGCUUUCUAUUCUCAAUCCAAUACAGGCCGACGACCUCCUUCCGAGAAGCCAUGUCACCACGCGUAACUGGCUGAAAAUCCAGUACAACCUGUAUUUUGAUGCCCUCAGAGCCGAAAUCACAUCCACACCCAAUCCAAUCCACAUCUCCUUUGACGGAUGGUCGUCCCCCGGAACUGCCGCGUUUUUCGCUGUCGUUGCACACUAUUUCGAUGCUGCAGGGAACUUUAACACCCGCUUACUGGCCCUCCCAAGGAUUAAGGGCACUCACAAUGGCGAAAACCUCGCCAAAGGAGUGGUUGAGGUGGUUGAGUGCUUUGGCUUCCAAGCUAAAUUAGGGGUUUUCCAAGCCGACAACGCGAAAAACAACGAUACGUGCGUCACCGAACUUCUCCGGCACUUCAACCCACAUCUUUCCACGCAGCAACUUGAUCUCAUUCAGUCUCUCAAGCGAGUGCGCUGCGUGGGCCACAUCUUGAACCUUGUUGCCAGAGCUUUCCUUGACGGCGAAAACAAGGAAGUAAUCAGGAGAUUGGCAGAGGGCUCAGAUGAGCGACUUUCUGCGGAACAGGAGAGGGAGCUUCUCAACGCAUGGCGAGAAACUGGGCCAGUGGGCAAGCUCACCGAGGCAGAAGGAGAAGAAAUUGGCGCUAUUCUAGUUGACCCUGCAAUUCGAAACCUUCGGCUGAAGGCUGACAACGAUACCCGCUGGCACUCGGUAUACCAUAUGAUUGAGCGCGCCCUCAUUCUUCGCGAUCCGCUCACCAAGUUCAGCGCCCGGUAUAAUCGUUUAGGGGAUCUCAGCGACGAAGCUGUACUGUCUUCCGAGGAUUGGGCAGUUCUGACAGAGAUCAAAGCUCUGUUGGCCCCGUUCAAGGUUAUCACGAAAAAGUUCGAGGGAAGGAAGCCCAAUCUUUGUGACGUUGUCACCCACAUCUUCAGCCUUCACCGGGAUCUCAAACAUCUACACCGAGGAUACAGCGCGGAGUUUGAGCGUUCGGGAGGCCUCGAUAGCUCUGUAUUUCCGCCCAACAACGAGCGGCCCGCGGGUCAGCUCCCGGCAUUCUCGCCUCCUAGACCGGCUACGGCACAGCAACACCCGCGCCGGAUUCGUCGCGUGCCUGCCCGGUUUGCUGAUUACGAAGUCGACCUCCCCGGGGUCGGGCUCCGCAACCCAGUUGCCGCUCCUAGGCAGCAGGGCCUCUGUAUCGAGCUUGGGAAUCCUCUUCACGAUGAUCUCGAGGUGCCUUCCUUCUCGAGUCUUCAAUCCAGCCUUCAAUACGCCAUUGACAAGCUUGAGAAGUAUCUGAAGAUGCUUGACGAGACCCCUGCUUAUUGGGCAGCUCUUAUUUUGCAUCCGGGCCGCAGGAUGAAGUGGGUGAGGCUAUUCUAUGAAGGCAACGACCAGAGGAUAUUAGACAUCCAGCGGCGGUUUGUGGCUUACUUUGAUACGUACUACCCAGCAGUCGAGCCCCUGGCACGCCCAUGCACCCCAGAGCAAGUACCUGGCUUUGGAGAUAGCUUCUACGAUGCCCCAGUUGCCAGCGGUGUUGUGGAUGAGGUUGGGGAGUACUUACGAGGAUCUGUGCACCCCGUUGACGACCCAGUCCAAUGGUGGCUGGCCCGGACAGACGAAUACCCACGCCUCGCGAGAAUGGCGCUCGAAAUACUUUCAAUACCUCCCUGUGCAACGAAAUCGCUGCUUUCGAUAAGAGGGGAUUAG